AGGACCAUUUUGGACUUCUCCUGGACGAUAGCCAGAGUUCAAUGUUGCAGUUACUUUGGCAACUACAAGUCCCAGGGAGCAUUGCCAUCAGCGGGUUUGUGCAACCGGACUGGCAUCCUGCAGGGGCCAAUGGAGAGCGGAGGUUCCCCGGGAGUUCGUGCGUGUCAGCUCCCUCCGUUCAAAAGCGCCGGAGAGGGCUCCGGGGCUGCGUGGGAACAGCCCGUUUCCCUCGGCUGGUUCUGAGGCAGCCGGCGAGCUUUGCACUGGGCGCGUAUUUUGGACGCCCGGUGCCUCGGCUUGAGGAAGGCCAGCGGACUUGCCCCCAUGGAUGCGAUUUGGCACGGCAGCCCGGAUGACUUGGAGGAUUACUACAGCUUGCUGGGGUGCGAUGAGCUGUCCACGGUUGAACAAAUUCUUGCAGAAUUUAAGAUUAAAGCCCUUGAAUGUCAUCCUGACAAACAUCCUGGAAACCCCAAAGCAGUGGAGAGUUUUCAGAAGCUGCAGCAAGCUAAGGAGAUUCUUGCUAAUGAAGAGAGUCGAGCUCGCUAUGAUUACUGGCGACGGAGCAAAAUCACCAUUCCAUUCCAGCAGUGGGAGGCCCUGAGCAAUUCGGUGAAGACGUCUAUGCAUUGGGCUGUCCAAAGUAAGAAGGACCAAAUGCUGGAAGCUCCUGUGAAUAAUAGCAACAACAUAACUAGUGAGAUUUUGACCCAACAGACUAAGAACAGUGAGGAUGGAUUGUCAGAUGGGAGCAGGGAGCAAGAAGAUGUUGCAAUUCCUGAUGUGAAACCACAGACUUCAAAGAAUCCAGACUCCCCAAGAUUUUCGGAGGCAAAUUACUGGCACUUGCGUUUUCGCUGGUCAGGGGAUGCUCCAUCAGAGCUUCUGAGGAAAUUCAGAAACUAUGAAAUCUAAAAUGCAAAAUUCUCAAGAGUGCAAGAUUAUCCAUUCACCAAGUCAGUAUUUUUUUGCCAGGAGUUAUAUGUUGUUUGUAUCUGGUACUCACUCAUUGCUCUGUGAAUGUUGUUCCAAUAAAUGGUGUCUUAAUACUGAUCUGUUAACCCACAUAUGUGAGCUUUGCAGAUGCAGGUCUUUUUGUUUAAUCAGCAAGCAGUACUCUUUUCAGUAUAAAUAGUCUUUGUGCAUAGUUAUCUAAUGUCUACUGUUUCCUGUAUUUUUAAAUAUUGUGUAGUGAAUAUUUUUGUCGGUACUGUGAUGCUAUAAGAAUGUACUCUUAGUAAAAUCAAAAAUCAUUGUUAGACUUCAGGAACUCUUGCUGUUAGUGCUGGUAAACCAAAAGCUACGUGUCAAGGAACUUUAAGCAAAACUAUAUUUAUUUCUAAAUUAGGUACUCUGGGUUACCUCUCUGUUGCAUUGCACUUAUUGUAGUGAUUUAUAUUGCAUGCAUUCACUAUUGCAACUUAGUAUUAUUAGUACACUAUUAGAAGCUUAACUUGUCAGAGAAUUGUGGGCUUACAAUAUAAAUGAAAUAAAAACACUCUUACUAUCUACUACAGCUGCCAGAAGGCAGCUGUGAUAGAUCUAGCUCUCUCUUUUUUUAAAAAAAAACACUUGCAUUCUACCUUAAAAAGUAAGCUUUUUGCAACAGCUAUUUGUUUUGGCAGGCAUUUCCAGACCCUCACUUCUCCAUUUAGUAGCUUUCUUCCAGCCCAGGUUUAUUACUGGACAUCUGUACCCACUGUAUGUGUGCCAACAUUGUCCUGUGGCUUAAUAGUAUUUUCCCUCCCUGCUGUGGCCUCAUAAACAGGGUCUUGCAGAUUUUGUAUGGUAGGGAAUGAAGAAUCAGGACUGGUCAGCAUUAAUGUGUACAAAUCAAACAUGAAACAUUUUUUAAUAUUUUGGGCAAUUUUUCAAUUUUUAUCUUGUAUUUAUUUAUUUUAUAUUAUUUUCUUAUUUUCUUCUUUGUAAACCUUGUCAAUUACUGAUAUUUGUUUUUUUGGGUAGCCAGUGAUUUCAUCACAACAAAUAAAACAGCACACAUACAGAAAGGGGCUGUUCUCAUUUAUUGAAAUGGAAUCCUUUACCCACCACAGAGAUCCACCAGAGGGGAUCUUAUCAAUGCAUAGAAAUACCUUAAGGAGGGGCGUCGAGGGGAUGGGGCCGAACUUUUUUCAGUGGUGCCACGUGACAGGACAAGAGGCAACAGGCACAAACUGAAACACAAGAAGUUCUGUUGAAAUAUGAGGAAGAACUACUUUCCUGUGAGAGUGACAGAGCACUGGCACAGGUUGCCCAGAGAGGUUGUGGAGUCUCCUUGCCUGGACAGGAUCCGGUCUAACGUGUUCUAGAUGACCCUGAUUGAGCAGGCGGGUUUGACUAGAUGAUCUCCAGAGGUGCCUUCCAACCACAACCAUUCUGUGAUUCUGUGACCCCCCUUGAGUUUCUUGUUACUUGUCCUCUCAGCGGGGAACACCUUAAGGGAGUCCUGUUAUGAAUCCUUAGCAUCCUCAUGGAAAGUCUAAUCUCCGAACGAGUCUCCUCCCCAUGUGGAAACAAUAUUCUGGUCGAAGCCUGGGGUGUCAUACUUGGCUCUGCCAUACAGUGGUGUGGUGUGCUGAUAGACCUUCUGCUGUUCUUUCCCUGUUAUGUGUCUAUUUGCUGUAAAUUGUAACACAUGCACCUGCCAAUGCAACCUAGAUAAUAUGUAUAUCUCAUUAACCUUAUCAGUGUAUUUAUCAGUUUUCUUUACAGGGGCUGAUGCCAGUGUUAUUUCUGGUUUUGUUUGUACUGAUCUGUUUAUGGAAGAUUAAUGUGUUGCUGUUCUGCUGUUAUAGCUACACUGAUCUGCUUUGGUGAGAUCAGUAGACAGCUACUUUUAUGGCACAUCCCGCUGCUUAUCUAAAAAACUAUUUUUUGUGGAUUCUGGAUGCUUUUCCUUUGCUUACUUUGCAGCUGAAAACAUUAGAGAUAAUAAUUCUCUGCUAAUAUCUGCUAAACAUGAUUGUAUAUCUUCAAGUCCAUGUACUGCUUUCCUUUACGGAAAGGUAUGUGCUCAAGAAAGUCAUCUUCUAACCAUUUGAUCGGGGAGGGACUGUAAGGAAGGUCAAAUAGUAGCAGAAGAAGAAACCCUACCUUGUGUGAAGGAUACAGAGCAAUAAAAUACAUAUUUUUUCUCUCUUAAAAAAAAAUAAAGAUUGAAAUGCAGCUGGCUGGAACAUUGGCUCAAAUGGUAGCUUUUAGACCAAAUGGUAGCUUAGAC